UUCCUUUAUCAAUAUAUGUAAUGGCAAUAAAGUAUCUUGGAGUUAACAGAUUUUUCCACAAUCGUCUUGACGCUCAGAAACUCUACCAGGAGACUGGGAGCUUGAUAUCAGCAAGCUUCUGCAGCGUGUCUGCACAAUUCUGCGGGAAGUCACUGUUUUUCACACCCAAUGGUACUUAUGAUACCAACCGUCGUCUCGUUCUCUCAACUCUUGCUUCCAAUGUCAGUUCUCGAGACGGCUAUUACAACGUUUCUGUGGGUGAGGGCCCUGAAAGGAUCUAUGCUUUAGGUCUCUGCAUCCCAGGGAGUGAUCCAAAGCUCUGUUCCGAUUGUAUCCAACCCGUUUCCCUCGCUUUAUUACAAAACUGUCCAAACCAGACCGACUCAUACCAGUGGGGAAUUAAGACGAUGCUCUGUCUUGUUCGUUACUCCAACCACUCAUUUUUUAACUCUCUCAAUCUACAGCCGGUGCUAAAACUUUGUAGCCCUAUGAAUAUUACUGGGAAUGUAACAGAGUUUAACAGAAUUUGGGCGAAUUUUAUGGAGGAUAUGAUCACAACAUUAGCAGCUUCAACUUCAUAUGAACGCAGGCAUUAUGCGGCCAAGGCAUCUCAUCCGAUAGGUUUACAGCGUAUAUAUGCACUGAUGCAGUGUAUUCCAGGGGUAUCUGUAGUUGACUGUGAGAGCUGUCUUCGGCAAAGUGUCCUUAAGAGCCUGGAAAACUGCAGUGGGAGGAAAGGGAGUAAAAUUCGGAGGCCGACCUGCUUUUUCAGGUGGGAGUUUUAUUCCUAUUAUGGUGCUUUCGUCGAUACAGAUUCUUCCCCUCCUCCAAACCCUCAAGGUCCUCAAUUCCUGCCUCCCAAUGCAACCGAGAACGCUAUUGAUGGCACAAAUAUGUCCACAAGAACUAUACUGGUAAUUGUUGCCCCGGCAGCCAUAAUUGUGGUACUGCUUGCUCUAGGAUUUGCUUAUUGGAAGAGGAUAAAAUCAUUCAAACAAAUGAAACUUAAACCUGAUGAUGAUAUCACAAAUUCACAGCCGCUACGGUAUGAUCUUAAGACAAUCGAAGCUGCAACAAAUAAUUUUUCGGGCAACAACAAACUUGGUGAAGGUGGAUUUGGUGUAGUUUACAAGGGUACAUUUCCAGAUGGAACUGAAAUUGCGGUUAAGAGACUAUCAAUAACUUCAAGACAAGGCUUGCAGGAGUUCACGAACGAGGUCAAUGUCCUGUUAAAGCUUCAGCAUAAUAAUCUAGUUGAGCUUCUUGGGUAUUGCUUGGAAGGAGAAGAGAAGAUACUCGUCUAUGAGUUUUUGUCCAACAAAAGCCUCGAUGUUUUCCUCUUUGACACUAUGAACCAACGGCAGCUAGACUGGACCAAACGGUACAAUAUCAUCGAAGGGAUUGCUCGAGGGAUUCUGUAUCUUCAUCGAGAUUCACGGCACAAAAUCAUACACCGUGAUCUGAAAGUAAGCAACAUCCUUCUAGAUGCUGAUAUGAACCCCAAAAUCGCGGACUUCGGCCUAGCAAAGAUUUUUGCAAUGGAGCAAACUCGAGCCGAGACUAGCAAGAUAGCUGGAACCUAUGGUUACAUGGCGCCCGAGUAUCGAAUGCACGGUCAGUUCUCAAUGGAAUCUGAUAUCUAUAGCUUUGGAGUCUUGGUUCUUGAGAUAAUAAACGGCAAGACAUGUAGCAGCAUUUACCAAACAGAUGGAACUUCUUGCAAUUUGGUCACAUAUGCUUGGAGACUGUGGAGGAAAGGUUUGGCUUUAGAACUCAUGGACUCGACUUUUGAGGAAGACUAUCAAAGCGAAAAAGUCGAUAGGUGCAUUCAUAUCGCGCUUUUAUGUGUUCAAGAAAACCCCGCUGAUCGUCCAAAUUUGUCUACAAUCAUCUCGAUGCUCACUAGUAGCCAAAUCACUCUGUCAAUUCCAAACAAGCCUGGAUUUUACGUACAUAGUAGAAGGCUAGAAGCUGAAGGCUUAAAGUUGUUUGGCACAAACAGUUCCUUGUCCAUCAACGAUGAUGUGUCUGUUACUCUUGUUUAGAUCAUCUGUUGAUGGUGACUGAUAUUAAUUAUUAUAAUUUGAUUUUGAGGCUUAGUGAUGCUUCUGUACUAUAUUGUGUGACUUGGAUAUGAAUGUGAACUGAUGAAAUCAGUAGGAUUUAGGACUGUGAAGAUGAUUUGUGUAUAAACCAAACCGGUUAUUUACUAAACCGGUGUUCAGCCUU